CCACAGCUGGCACAACCUCUGCCGCCGCCGCUGCUACGGUGUCUCCUCGGAGUGUGUGAGCUUGGAGGCUUCGUGGGUGGAUUUACAGCUGCCGCCCUCCGCGUCGCUACGGAGGUUGAACCAUAGGAAAAAAAACCCAGGAAUGUAAAGAAGAAAUCAUAAUGGAUGCAAGUAUUAAUAUGAAUUCUGUUACCAUCUCUGUUGAGGGAAUGACAUGUAAUUCCUGUGUUUGGACCAUUGAAAAGCAUAUUGGAAGCGUGAAUGGUGUUCAUCAUGUUAAAGUCUCAUUGGAAGAAAAAAGUGCAACUAUUAUUUAUGACUCUAAACUACAGACUCCAAAGACUCUACAGGAAGCUAUUGAUGACAUGGGCUUUGAUGCUAUUCUCCAUAAUCCUAAUCCUCUCCCUGUGUUAACUGAUACUGUGUUUCUGACUGUUACUGCCCCACUGGCUUUGCCGUGGGACCAUAUCCAAAGCACACUGCUGAAGAUCAGGGGUGUGACAGACAUUAAAAUCUCCCCACAGCAAAAAACUGUGGCAGUGACAAUAAUUCCUUCUGUAGUGAGUGCUAAUCAGAUAAUAGAGCUAGUUCCAGAUCUAAGUUUGGACUUUGGAACUCCAGAGAAAAAUUCAGGAACUUGUGAAGAUCACAGUAUGGCUCAAGCAAGUGAAGUUAUGGUGAAGAUGAAAGUGGAAGGGAUGACCUGCCAUUCAUGCACUAGCACCAUUGAAGGAAAACUUGGGAAACUGCAAGGUGUUCAGCGAAUUAAAGUCUCCUUGGACAACCAAGAAGCUACUAUUAUUUAUCAACCUCAUCUUAUCACAGUAGAAGAAAUAAAGAAACAGAUUGAAGCUGUGGGUUUUCCAGCAUAUGUCAAAAAACAGCCCAAGCACCUCAAAUUGGGAGCUAUUGAUGUAGAGCGUCUGAAGAACACACCAGUGAGAUCACCAGAAGGAUCACAGCCAAGAAGUCCAUCAUAUACCAAUGAUUUAACAGCCAUUUUCAUCAUAGAUGGCAUGCAUUGUAAAUCUUGUGUAUCAAAUAUUGAAAAUGCUUUAUGUACACUCCAUUAUGUAAGCAGUGUGGUAGUUUCUUUAGAGAACAGAUCUGCUACUGUAAAGUACAAUGCAAAUUUAGCCACUCCAGAAAAACUGAGAAAAGCAAUAGAAGUUGUUUCUCCAGGACAGUAUACAGUUAGUAUUGCAAGUGAAGGGGAAAAUACCUCCAACUCUCUCUCCAACUCAUCUCUUCAAAAGAUUCCUUUGAACAUACUCACCCAACCUCUGACUCAAGAAACUGUGAUAAACAUUGAUGGCAUGACUUGUAAUUCUUGUGUGCAGUCUAUUGAAGGUGUCAUAUCAAAAAAGAAAGGUGUAAAAUCGAUACAAGUCUCUCUUGAAAAUAGUAAUGGGACUAUUGAGUACGAUCCUUUACUGACAUCUCCAGAAACCUUGAAAGAAGCAAUAGAAGACAUGGGAUUUGAUGCUGCCUUGUCAGACGUAAAUGAGCCAUUGAGAAUAAUAGCACAGCCCUCAUUGGAAACACCACUCUUGCCCUCAACCAAUGAAUUAAAUAAAAAGAUGACACCAGUUCAUAACAAGGAUGAGCAAAAGACUUCAUCUAAGUGUUACAUACAAGUCACGGGCAUGACUUGUGCUUCUUGUGUAGCAAACAUUGAACGGAAUUUGAGGCGAGAAGAAGGAAUAUAUUCUGUACUUGUAGCACUGAUGGCUGGCAAGGCAGAAGUAAGGUAUAAUCCUACUGUUAUACAACCCCAGCUGAUCUCAGAGUUCAUCCGAGAACUUGGAUUUGGUGCCACUGUGAUAGAAACUGCUGAAGAAGGGGAUGGUGUUCUGGAACUUGUUGUGAGAGGAAUGACAUGUGCCUCCUGUGUACAUAAAAUAGAAUCUACUCUAACAAAACACAGAGGAAUCUUCUACUGUUCUGUGGCCCUGGCAACCAACAAAGCACAUAUUAAAUAUGAUCCAGAAAUCAUUGGUCCUAGGGACAUUAUCCACACAAUUGAAAGCUUAGGUUUUGAAGCUUCUUUGGUCAAGAAGGAUCGGUCAGCAAGUCACCUAGACCAUAAGCGAGAAAUAAGACAAUGGAGACGAUCCUUCCUUGUGAGCCUGUUUUUCUGUAUUCCUGUAAUGGGCCUGAUGAUAUAUAUGAUGGUUAUGGACCAUCACCUUGAAACUCUUCACCAUAAUCAGAACAUGAGUAAUGAAGACAUGAUCAAUAUUCAUUCUUCUAUGUUUCUGGAGCGCCAGAUCUUUCCAGGAUUGUCCAUUAUGAAUUUGCUGUCAUUUUUAUUGUGUGUACCUGUACAGUUUUUUGGAGGCUGGCACUUCUACAUUCAGGCUUACAAAGCACUGAAGCAUAAGACGGCAAACAUGGAUGUACUGAUUGUGCUGGCAACCACAAUUGCCUUUGCCUACUCUUCAGUUAUUCUUCUUGUUGCAACAUAUGAGAGAGCCAAAGUGAACCCUAUUACGUUCUUUGACACACCUCCUAUGCUAUUUGUGUUUAUUGCGCUGGGCCGCUGGCUGGAACAUAUAGCAAAGGGCAAAACAUCAGAGGCUCUUGCAAAACUAAUUUCACUACAAGCUACAGAAGCAACUAUUGUGACUCUCAACUCUGAAAAUAUCCUCCUGAGUGAAGAACAAGUGGAUGUGGAACUCGUACAACGUGGAGAUAUCAUUAAAGUGGUUCCAGGAGGCAAAUUUCCAGUGGAUGGUCGUGUUAUUGAAGGACAUUCUAUGGUAGAUGAAUCCCUCAUCACAGGAGAGGCAAUGCCUGUGGCUAAAAAACCUGGCAGCACAGUAAUUGCUGGUUCUAUUAAUCAGAAUGGAUCCAUACUUAUCCGUGCAACCCAUGUUGGAGCAGAUACAACCCUUUCUCAAAUUGUCAAACUUGUGGAAGAGGCACAAACAUCAAAGGCUCCUAUCCAGCAGUUUGCAGACAAACUCAGUGGCUAUUUUGUUCCUUUUAUUGUCCUUGUUUCUAUUGCUACCCUCUUGGUAUGGAUUAUAAUUGGAUUUCUGAAUUUUGAAAUUGUGGAAGCCUACUUUCCUGGUUACAAUAGAAGCAUCUCCCGAACAGAAACAAUAAUACGCUUUGCAUUUCAAGCCUCUAUCACAGUUCUAUGUAUUGCAUGUCCCUGUUCACUGGGACUGGCCACCCCGACUGCUGUGAUGGUGGGUACAGGAGUAGGCGCUCAGAAUGGCAUUCUUAUCAAAGGUGGAGAGCCAUUAGAGAUGGCUCAUAAGGUAAAAGUAGUGGUAUUUGAUAAGACUGGAACCAUUACCCAUGGAACCCCAGUAGUGAGUCAAGUAAAGGUUCUAGUGGAAAGUAAUAGGAUUUCACGCAAUAAGAUCCUGGCCAUUGUGGGAACCGCUGAAAGUAACAGUGAACAUCCUCUAGGAGCAGCUGUAACCAAAUACUGCAAACAGGAACUGGACACUGAAACCUUGGGUACCUGUAUAGAUUUCCAGGUUGUACCAGGAUGUGGUAUUAGCUGUAAAGUUACCAAUAUUGAAGGCUUGCUACAUAAGAAUAACUGGAAGAUAGAGGAAAAUAACAUUAAAAAUGCAUCCCUGAUUCAAAUUGAUGCAAGUAAUGAACCAUCAUCAACUUCGUCUUCCAUGAUUAUUGAUGCCCAACUCUCAAAUGCUGCUAAUACUCAGCAGUACAAAGUCCUCAUUGGCAACCGGGAGUGGAUGGUUAGAAAUGGUCUCAUCAUUAAUAAUGACAUAGAUGAUUCUAUGAUUGAGCAUGAAAGAAAAGGGCGCACUGCUGUAUUGGUGGCAGUUGAUGAUGAGCUGUGUGGCCUGAUAGCCAUUGCUGAUACAGUGAAGCCUGAAGCAGAGCUGGCUGUGCACAUUCUGAAAUCUAUGGGCUUAGAAGUAGUUCUGAUGACUGGAGACAACAGUAAAACAGCUAGAUCUAUUGCUUCUCAGGUUGGUAUUACUAAGGUGUUUGCUGAAGUUCUGCCUUCCCACAAAGUUGCUAAGGUAAAGCAACUUCAAGAGGAGGGGAAGCAAGUAGCCAUGGUAGGAGAUGGUAUCAAUGACUCCCCAGCUCUGGCAAUGGCGAAUGUUGGAAUUGCCAUCGGCACAGGCACAGAUGUAGCCAUUGAAGCAGCUGAUGUGGUUUUGAUAAGGAAUGAUCUUCUGGAUGUAGUGGCAAGUAUUGACUUAUCAAGAAAAACAGUCAAGAGGAUUCGGAUAAAUUUUGUUUUUGCUCUAAUUUAUAAUCUUGUUGGAAUUCCUAUCGCUGCUGGAAUUUUUAUGCCCAUUGGCUUGGUUUUGCAACCCUGGAUGGGAUCUGCAGCAAUGGCUGCUUCAUCUGUUUCUGUGGUACUUUCUUCUCUCUUUCUCAAACUUUAUAGGAAACCAACUUAUGAGAAAACCGAACUACAUGCCCAGAGCCAGAUAGGAGAGAAGAGUCCUUCAGAAAUCAGCGUUCAUAUUGGAAUAGAUGACACCUCAAGAAAUUCUCCUAAACUGGGUUUGCUGGAUCGGAUUGUGAACUACAGCAGAGCCUCUAUAAACUCACUACUGUCUGAUAAACGUUCCCUAAAUAGUGUUGUUACUAGUGAACCUGACAAGCACUCACUCCUGGUGGGAGACCUCAGGGAAUAUGAUGACACCACACUGUAAAAGGCCACGGAGAAUGCUGCUAGUUGAAAUUGUUAUGCACUGACAUGCAUUCAUGCCUUCACCUUAGCUUUUCAAAGUAUCGUGGAAAGAUUUUGUGUUGAUCUCAUCCUCUUAUAUGAGUGAUUCUGUUUGAGUUGCCUUUGUCUAAUGACAGAAAUAUCUUUUUUCGGGGCAUGAGCUCUGAACCUGGUUUUAUUGAAAAUGAAGUAUUUUUUUAACUUUUUUUUGUUUUUAUUUGUGACAGAUAAGAUAGGAUAGCCAGGUUUACAUUAAACUGUACACUUUGGGAUUGCUGAUUUAGCUGCUAAGGUGAUAGAUUUUUUUAUUUGACCACAAAAA